UUGGCUGUCAUAUCCUUUAUGAGCAUCUGUUAUUGAUUGCACGUCAAUUAAUCACAUGCCCUAAGGAAUGUAAUUAAUUGCCGAUCUUUGUCCGAUCGCAAUGGACGUAAACCAAACCGAAGGAGACCUGGAAAUCUCCAAGAAUUCCCCUGUCCUGAAUGUUCUGAACCUCACUGAUCUUCAACACCAGAGGGAGACGCUACAAAAACUGAACGAUCAACUGGCGCACCUGCUAACGCCAGUAAUCGCCUUUCUGAGCCUUCUCAUGGUGUUUGGAAUCCUCGGAAAUUUACUGGUUUUGUAUGUGUACGAAUUCAGAUUUAAACGUUCCAGUUCGCGGUCUUUCAUUUUGUGUCUUGCACUUCUGGAUUUUGUGGCCUGCGUAAUUGGAAUGCCUUAUCAUAUAUACGAUAUGUACCAUACCUAUACGUACUUUGACGAAGGGUCUUGUAAAGGACUGUCUUACAUUCUUGGAGUUACAGUGACGGCGUCAUCUUUUGUACUGACACUUAUUUCCAUUGACAGACAUCGCAAAAUAUGCAAACCGUUCGGAAAACAGAUUUCAGAUCUUGGAACUAAAAAAGCAUGCUUUGCCUCAGUUAUUUUUGCAAGCCUGUUUGGUAUCCCAAAUAUUAUCAUGUACGGCAAUUCAUCUAUAGAAGUACCCGGUGAAAAUUUUACUGGUGUGGAAUGUUAUAUAAAAGACGAAUACGAAUCUUCGGAAUCCUACAUUUACUUUGGACUUUUCUUCUUUCUAUUUAUUACUACAACAAUCGUGCUUAUCGUUCUUUAUUCUCUGGUCGGGUUCAAGAUUCGCCAACGAGCGGCAAAUAUUUCCACCGAUUCUGGAAGCGCACGAAAAGAGAAAGUAACGAAUAAAGGUCGGAGAUCCUUUAGCUUCUGUGGAGUUUCGGAUCCAGAAACAACAGACGAAAUUUUAUCUGAGACAGACGACAGUCUCUCCACAGUCAAAGUCAAAACAAUUUCAUACAAGAAAGGAAACGACGAAGCACACUCCGAGUGUAGAAUGGAGUAUGAAAAUGCGGUGACACCAAUUUUUAAGGGUGUUAUAGAGCAAGAAAAAGACUCUAGUUCUAGUCAAAAUUCUCACACCAGGUCCUCAAUGAUUCGGAAGAAUAAGAAGAGUGAUCAAAAGAAGAAAAAAAGCUUGCUAGAGUUUUACAAACGACAGACAAUGUCUAUGAGUGACGAUGAUAGCGAAGAGUGCAGACAAUCUGUCCGUGGCUCCUUGUCAGUUAAAUCGCUUUCAAAAAGACAAAAGAGAACCGUACGGAUCACGGGAAUGCUGUUUAUGAUCACGUUGAUCUAUAUUGUCAGUUUCCUACCCCAUCUUGUGCUCUUGGUCCUUGAAUUUAUGGACCCUGCCAGCUUUGAAAAUCUUUCCCCGAUGGCUUUCACGGGAUAUAACUUUCUUUUAAGGUCUUAUUUCAUAAACAAUAUGGCUAAUCCCUUUGUUUAUGGAUUUCUGGAUCCUAAAUUCAGACAUGAAGUAUUGUUUCUUUUUAAAAGCAUUGUACAUUGUAAAUAUGGAAGAAUCUUUCGACGGUGAUGCUUUAUUGGCAAUAAUUUUGACAUAUACAGUACUAUAUAUUUCUGUAUAAAAAUGAUGCUUUAAGUCUUUCAUUUCUCCACCGAUCAGAUAUUUUUGUUAAAACAAUUUGCAUGUAUAUAUGUGUUAAUUAUUUUUACUUUGUUAUAAAAGUUUCUAAAGAGCUUUACUCAUGGGCUUCUGGGAAGUCAAAGUCCGCAUAUAUUAUGAUUUUUUCAAAUUUUGAUUUAAUAUCAGUCAACGUUAUAUUUGCAAUUGCAUGCAGCAGGCGUUUAAAAAUGAUCUUAGUCAUAAAAUAUAAUACAUGUAGUUUAAUAGCUUUUAGUGGAAAAUGAAAUUAACAGUUUCAUUGUAUUCCUAAGUGUUUAAACACUACAAAGCUUAAGUGAUACCUGAUGAUAUACACAUCCGAGAUCUCGCCUGACAUAAAUGAUGUAUUAUAAUUAUUGUAUAAUACUUUAAGCGCUGAUCUCCAUUUUUGUGAUUUUUUCUUUGUAUAUAUAUAUAUAAUAUAUUUCAUUUUCUAUAAUAAGCCUGUUUUUUGUCUUAAUUUUCAAGGAAUUACUGAUGAAUUUUCCCAGUGCAUUUUUUAAAAACUAAACAAGUUAACGUAUUGUUGUCCUGUUUGUUUUGCAAUAAAGUUUUAUUAACAAAAUUGUUUUUUAUUGUAAAGAAACAGCAGUAGCUUCUCGGGAGGAAGGAUACUUAAUUAGGUUAUCGAGGGCAAUAUACUACUUACUUAGCAUGCCAUAAACAACAGUCAUGUUUUGCAUGUAAAACACGUAU